CAAUAGUCGCUUAAAAAGUGCUCCGUUAAAAAACACUUUUCUACAAAAAAUAGACAUUGAAUGGUCCUAGAUUGUGUGGCAGUGAAUUGAGUGCAAAAGCAGCUGGGGUCCCUAUCGUUAUGCUGAGCGAUUUUUGCAUGGAUUUGCUACAAUCAGACGUGAGUUAAUUGCAGAGAUCAUGUCUGAUGAAGAAGAUGAAUACUUCUGUUACAUCUGCGCUAAGCCAGAGACUAAUGUAACGCGUCUGAUCGAAUGUGUUCAGUGUAAUAAAUAUGCCCAUUUUCGCUGUAAGAAAUUGUUUGGCAAUGCCGUAACAAGAGCCAAAAGCAAACCGUUUUUCUGCUCUGUGGAUUGCAGCCAGAUGUCUUCGCAUAACAUCAGACAAACAACAACAAACGACGACAUCAUCCAUGAGCUACAAGUGCUUGGAAAUGCUGUGAAGGGAGUGAAACACGAUUCGGAGAAAUUUCGUCUGUUGUUUGAGGAUACACGAAUGCAAAUCGCGGACAUCGUCUCUACGAGCAAACAAAUUGAGAAGUCCCAGGUUUUUCUGACUCAUCAAUUCGACCAGUUAACAGCUGAUUUUAAAUCGUUCAAAGAGGAAGUUGGAUCCGUGAAAGCUGAAAACUCGAAAAUUCGCAAGGAACUGAAAAUGUGGCAGGAUACAUGUGGGGAUUUAGUUGGUUCAGUCGAUCGCCUGGAGGUUGACAUGGAUAAUAUCAACAGAUCGGCUAAGGCUAAGAAUGCUGUGAUACUGGGCUUACCAGCCAUGCAAGAUGAGGAUACAGUUGAACUAGUGUGCAUGUUAUGUAAAUUGUUGAAUUGCGAAUUCGUUGGAACAUCUGUGAUUCAAUGUGCAAGACGUAUCAAUGGGAAGCAACAUAUGAAUGGAGUACCUCCUAUCGUCGUUCAAUUUACCUCCGAGCGGGAGAAAGAGGAGCUUUUCCGUCGGAAACGUGCCUACGGAGUUGUACUCGCUUCAAAGGUUCGCGAUGUCUUCAAUGGAUCUACGCAUACGAUUACUAUUCGGGAUGAAAUGACGGCUUACGGAAGAGAUCUACUGCAGCAGGCCAAAAAUUUGCAGGAAACCUUGAAAAUAAAGUAUGUGUGGCCAGGCCGCGAUGGAAAGAUACUAUUGAGGCGACAGGACGGCGGGAAGAUUGAGCAAAUCAGCAGUAAACUUCAACUAGCAGGAUUGCAGCCCACCAAUUCCAAAAGAGUAUUAAAUUUGUCGGGAAUUUCACCUCCCAAUGUUCCACAGUCUAAACGAAUGUAAUAUAUAGUAUGUAGUUAAUUAGAAUGUAAACAGAUCUUUCUUAUGAUGUAUAAUUAUUGUUUCGAUUCUAUUGAUCAAUUAAAUAAAAACUCUAUUCAUGCUGUUAACAACU